AUGGCAACUGAUACGGUUACUUUGGAAUUUAGAACAACAACAAAAGGCAAACGACUACUUCUCUAUAGCGGAUAUGCCUACACAUUGAAUAAAGAUCGUGGCAAAGUCAAAUACUGGCGAUGCGAAGAUCGUUCUUGUUCUGCUUUUGUUCACACUAAUGCAAAUGACAACUAUAAAGCUCAUUCGGGCACUCAUGAUGGCCAUCUACCUUCUCCUGAUCGAAUUGAACUUCUAGAAUUCAAGAAAAAUGUGGAAGCACGAGUAAUCCAUGAGACAACACCAAUUGCUCGCAUCUACGAACAAGAGCUCGCAGCUGCAAAACUCAGUCAAACUAGUUUAGCUCUUGCACCUGAUGCUAAAGACGCUCAUUCAUCUCUCUCUCGUCUUCGUCGAAAAACAAUACCAACUCUUCCUACCUCCAUCGAAUUCGACAUUCCUACAAUUUACACGCAAACUCUAGAUGCCAAAGAAUUUCUUUUUAAAGAUACACAAACACGUGGCAAAAGAGAAUUGAUAUUUGCUAGUGAACAACAAUUGGUUAUGCUGUUCGAAUCGAAGCAUAUCUUCAUCGAUGGUACAUUCUUAGUAUGUCCUCCUUUCUUUGAUCAAGUUCUAACUAUUCAUGGGGUACACCAUGCACACGUAUUGCCAUGUAUCAUUGCUCUUCUUCCUGGUCGAUCAAGUGCUUUCUAUAAUUAUCUGUUUCAACUUCUUGAUCAACAUGCUUCAGACCUUCAUAUGACAUUCGAACCUGAAUUAAUAACAACCGAUUUUGAGAGUGGAUUAAUCAAGUCUGUAAAACAUCAUUUUCCAAUGUCCCGACAUAUUGGAUGUUUUUUCCACUACACGCAAAGUAUUCAUCGACAAAUUCAAAGUCUUGGAUUGUCAACUCUCUACAAUAAUGAUCCAGAAGUUCGAUCUGUAUGCCAACAAUUGAUGGCACUUGCUUUGCUACCUCGUAACAAAGUGGAGUCUGCUUUCGAACAUCUUGCCAACAAUCAUCCAUCAUCUAUUAAUGAUCUAUUUAAUUAUUUCAAAGAUUUUUGGAUAGAGAAAGUACCAAUAGACUUAUGGAAUGUGCAUGAUCUCAAAGUAACAACUAAUAAUAAUGCGGAAGGUAAGAUGUAG